GGGCGCUUUAAUUAAGUCAGGUGUCAAUGACCGACAGAUCUCAUCCCCAUAAAAGGAGGAAAACGCCACCGCCUGAUCUCGCUGUUUCUCUCCCUUAACUCUGUGCGUCCAUGAAUCCGCGAGCUGCUGCAGACGAGAACCCAGAGUGCUGCAGAGGUACAGACCUCGGCCCAGGAGGAGAUGGAAACCCUGAGAUCCCACAGCACCAAGACUUUAACAAUGUGAACGUUGCGACUGACGUGGAUGACGUCACGAACCUGAGAGCGCUGUCGCCUGCACUGUCCAAUCGCAGAGAUUCUCAAUGCUCACAGGAUAUUGUGCAGCAGUCUGUGAGUGUGGAGGACCAGUUACAGGGGGCGCUGUUGAGCAGAGCCCAGUCUAUGACCACCCUGAACGACCUGACAGGGGAGGGCAACUCCAGUCCUCGAGGGCCUGAUUGGUGUCACACUUUCCCACCACCAUCCUUAGCAAACACAACUGAUUAAACUAAUGUCAUUCUAAACUGAAGAUCAUGAUUGGGUGAUUAUUGGAGUCAGGUGUGUUGGCUGGAGCUGAGGCAGACCUGUGGCACCAAUCAGGCUCUCUCGGACUGGA